UUGUGUUAUCCCGAGUCUUCUUCUGCGUUCGCUUUUGUCGUGUGGAGGCAGCUUCAGCCAUCAAAGAUGACUACAGCUGCACGUCCAACAUUUGAACCCGCAAGAGGAGGAAGGGGUAAAGGAGAGGGGGACCUGAGUGCCCUAUCCAAGCAGUACUCCAGCCGAGAUCUUCCAGGACACACCAAGAUCAAAUACAGGCAACCUACCCAGGAUGCCCCCGAGGAGGUGCGUGCCCGUGAUUUCCGCAGGGAGCUGGAGGAGAGGGAGCGUGUAGCUGCACGUGAGAAGACCAGAGAGAGAGGACCAAGAGAGCACACCACUUCAUCAUCAUCAUCUUCUUCAUCAUCCUCAAAGAGGCCUAGACUGGAUCAGAUCCCAGCUGCUAAUCUCGAUGCUGAUGACCCUCUGACUGAUGAUGAUGAGGAUGAGGACUCUGAGGAGGACAGUGAUGAUGAUGACACUGCCGCUCUUUUGGCAGAAUUGGAGAAAAUCAAGAAGGAACGGGCUGAAGAACAAGAACGCAAAGAGCGUGAGCAAAAGGCAGAGGAGGAGAGGAUCCGUAUGGAAAAUAUUUUGAGUGGCAAUCCAUUGAUUAACUUGGCAGGACAGCAACAACAGAUGACCCAGAGUCAAAACACAUUCAGAGUCAAGAGAAGGUGGGAUGAUGAUGUUGUGUUCAAGAACUGCGCCAAAGGAGUGGACGAGGCACGGAAGGAGAAACGAUUUGUCAAUGACACGCUGCGUUCAGAGUUUCACAAAAAAUUUAUGGAGAAAUAUGUAAAAUAAAGGAUUUGAUGUAUGUUCAUUUUAUUUUUGUUUUAACUUCAUUUCAGACCCUUAAAGCUUUGAAAUACAUUUUUAUUCUACGUUCAAAAGGUGAAUUGUACAUAAAUGACUUGGUUACACCCUUAAAUGAAACUAUCACAUCUGAUUCAACAUCCAGGUCCUCUGUAGGAUUUUUUUUUUUUUUUAAAUGAAGUUCAAUAAACAGAUUUGUGUUUCAACUGUU